UCUCUGGAUGUCGCUUGACGUGGACCCCCACCAUGGCGCCGUAGCGAGUCGUGCGUAAAAACGAGGAGGAGACUGUGACCGCGGCCAUGCCGGCCGACGCGAGCGUCACGCCGGGAGGCUGGGAGCUGACGGCGGCGGCUUUGGCCCCGACGGAGCCCCCCAACUCUGGCGCCGACGUCCUCCGCUUGGUGCCCGCCUUCUGGGACUCCCCGCUGAGCCACGGCAUCAAUGUGUUCGUGGGUCUGGUGCUGUGCUUCACCAUGUUGGGUCUGGGCUGCACGGUGGACGUCGGCCAGUUGGGCGAGCAGGUCCGGCGACCUAUCGGGGUGCUGCUGGCUGUCGUCUGCCAAUUCGUCAUCAUGCCGCUGGUAGCCUUCUUACUGGCCUUGGCUUUUUCGCUGGACGACGUGGCAGCCAUGGCCGUGCUCCUCUGUGGAUGCUGUCCCGGGGGAAACUUGUCCAACAUCAUGUCGCUGCUGGUGCACGGCGAGAUGAACCUCAGUAUUAUCAUGACCAUCUCGUCCACCCUGCUGGCGCUGGUGCUGAUGCCGCUGUGCCUGUGGAUCUACAGCCGUGCGUGGAUAAACACGCCCGUGGUCAGCCUCCUGCCCUUUGGUGCCAUCAUCCUGACGCUGUGUAGUACGCUCAUCCCCAUCGGACUAGGCGUCAUGCUGCGCUACCGCUACACCCGUGUGGCCGACAAAGUGUUGAAAGCCUCGCUGUGGUCUCUGCUCAUCACGCUGGUGUUGCUAUUCAUCCUGACUGCGGCCAUGCUGGGCCCCAAGUUGCUGUCGGCCAUACCGGCGUCUGUGUACAUCGUGGCCCUCCUGAUGCCCAUGUGCGGCUACGCGGCGGGCUACGGGCUGGCCACGCUCUUCAAGCUACCGCCCAACAGCCGGCGCGCCGUCUCACUGGAGACAGGCUGCCAGAACGUGCAGCUGUGCACCGCCAUCCUCAAGCUGGCAUUCCCGCCGCAGCUGAUGGGCGGCAUGUACAUGUUCCCCCUGCUCUACGCCCUCUUCCAGGCGGCUGAGGCCGGAGUCUUCAUCCUGGUGUACCGCACUUACCGCCGGCGGGUGCUGGGCAAGGAGGAGCCGCCGGACCGACGGGACGGUGAGGACACGGACAUCACUUACCAGCGCUUCCGGGAUGACGACGACGACUUUGACGGGUCGUACGGCGCCGUGACCGUCAGUGACCCAAACAGCAUUAUGUUGGACCCCUGUCCGCCGGACCCUACGCCUGUCUGACAAAAGAUAAACAUAAGAAAACAAAAUGGGCUGGUGCAUGGAGGGCCUUAAUAAUCUAAGAAUUUCGAUUUUUAACUGUGAAAAGAAAAUUGAAAAUGUGAGCAUCUGGUGCUGAAGAACGAUGUUGAAGCUUUGUUACACAUGCCACAGCCUUGCCUAAUCCAGAAGUCAUGUUUGGUUGCCAUCUUGUGGCAUCUAUAGGCAAUUAGUAAGGGAUUUUUGUCUUUCAGUUGGGUAAGUACAGACACUCUGAAUUGAAAUGAAAUUCAGUCCAAUAUUCUGUUUCUGAGUGUGAAAUUAAUAUUUAAAAUCUGGCUUAUUUCUGUGGCAAAAUAAACAGUCGCAUUUUCAGUUUUCAAUUGCCAUUUGAAGGUGGAAAAAAAAUGUCACCCUAUUAAAAUAACUGCCUAUGUCAUUUUUUAUAAAGAAUGGUGAGAAAAUACAUAUAUUAAACAAAAUAUAAAUGGAUACAUUUUUGUGCUUUCUGAAAAAACUGAAAAGCGAUUAUUUUAAGAAGAAGGUGUCGAAACCUAAACGUGGAUUCUCACUGUUUAUCAAUUAAAAAAAAAAAAAAACAUGCGUGACAACACAUCAGUCUGUGAAUGUAACAAUCAGCCAUUUAGUGUGUGAACAAAUGUAUAAUAUGUGUAUAUGAAAAAAUUGUAUGGAGAAAAUAAAACUG